AUGGACGAAAAGGUAGCGAGGGCGGACCAAAGAGAUAUGGCCUAUGACAGCGAUCCGAGGAAAGAUGCCGUCGAAGAAAUCGAGGGAGUUAACGGCCUGAAGACGGUCGAGGUUGGCUUCUCAGCAGAUCAAGUGAUUGUCGAAGUUGAUCACAAAGAGCGGACACGGAUUCUGAGAAAGGUCGACUACCGCUUGAUCCCCAUCCUCGCCAUCUUAUACCUAUUGGCAUUCAUCGAUCGUGGGAACAUCGGCAAUGCUAAAAUUGCCGGCCUCUACGAUGAUCUGCAUCUCCAUGGGAUGCAAUACAACACCGCCUUGACCCUGUUCUUUGUGCCUUAUGGCUUCUUUGAAGUGCCGUCCAACAUUGUGCUUAAGAUGCUACGACCUUCGAUCUGGAUUUCCAUCUUGAUGUUCUGUUGGGGGACCGUGAUGACCCUUAUGGGCGUGGUCUCUACCUAUAAGGGACUUUUGGUGACACGGUUCUUCCUCGGCGUGGCCGAGUCGGGCUUUUUUCCAGCAGCGACAUACCUCCUCACGAUCUGGUACCUACGGUAUGAGGUCCAACGCCGAAUGGCUCUCUUCUACGCUGCCGCCUCGCUUUCAGGUGCGUUCUCUGGGUUGUUGGCUUACGGCAUCCAGCACAUGGACGGCGUUGCCGGCCUGGCAGGCUGGAAAUGGAUCUUCAUCAUUGAAGGCCUGGUUCCUGUGGCUGGCUCGUUGGUGGUCUGGUUCGUGCUCCCGGACAAUCCGGAGACGGCCAAAUUCCUCACCAAGGAGGAGAAAGAAUUCAUCAUCAAUCGACUCGCUCUUGAGACGGGUUCUGGGCAUGGUCGGGUCACGAAUGCCGACCGUAUUAAGAUGAGCCACAUCAUUGCGGCUUUCAAAGAGUGGAAGAUCUGGGGCGGUGUUGUUAUAUUCUGGGCCAAUACAAUUGGCGUCUAUGGCUUUACGGCGACGGUUCCAUCGGUGAUUGAGGACCUCGGAUACACCUCGGCCAACGCACAGUUAAUGACGAUCCCGAUCUACGUCUUCGCCAUGAUCAUGACGCUCAUAUUUGCAUUCUGGUCGGACCGAGUGCAGCAACGGACACCAUUCAUCAUGGCCGGGUUCAGCAUUGCGGCGAUUGGCUUCAUCGGCGAACUUGCGAUCCCUCAUCCGCGGCUACCGGGGGUCACCUACUUCUUUCUAUUCCCACUCGCGGCGGGUCUCUAUUGCCCGUUCAUCUGCCUCGUGUGCUUGAUCGGGAACAAUCUGGCUCCCAGCUCGAAGCGCGCCGUGGGCAUGGCGCUGCUCAUCUCCAUGGGCAACUUUGGCGGUAUUGCCGGCAGUAAUAUCUACAUUGCAGCCCAGGCACCGAAAUAUCCGACGGGAUUCGGUACCGGGUUGGGGAUCUGCGUGUGUGCGAUCAUCAUGGCAUAUGUGUUGCGAGUAGCGUAUAGACGCGAGAAUGCGCGGCGGGAUGCAUUCAUGGCGGGCAAGACGGACGAAGAGAUCAAGGCGCAAUACACGGAACAAGAACUGCUAGAUCUAGGAGACCGGAGCCCGUUCUACCGGUAUACAGUGUGA